GAUCGCACAUGAACACACGCUGUUGACGAACCAAGAUGUCUGCUUCUCUGUGCCGUCUGCUCAAAGCUCGAACUGUAUUCAACGCUCUAAAACAACACAGAGCAUGCAUGUCAGCAGCCCCAGACCCUAUCAGACAACCGGAUAUUAAAUAUGCUAAGCUGUUCAUUAACAACGAGUUUGUGAAUGCUGCCAGUGGGAAAACGUUCCAGACCAUCAACCCAGCCACAGGAGAGGCCAUUUGUGAUGUUGCAGAGGGGGACAAGGCCGAUGUUGAGAGAGCAGUGCAAGCAGCAAGGGAGGCGUUUCGUCUUGGUUCCCCAUGGCGACGACUUGAUGCAUCAGAAAGAGGGCGCUUGCUGAACCGUCUUGCUGAUCUCAUCGAGAGAGAUGCUGGAUACAUCGCGUCGCUGGAGACUCUCGACAACGGAAAGCCCUACCAAGUGGCCUUUGCUGCGGAUGUCCAACUUGUACAGAAGUGCUACAGGUACUAUGCUGGCUGGGCCAACAAGUACCAUGGGAAGACUAUUCCCAUUGAUGGAGAUUUUUUCACCUACACCCGGCAUGAACCUGUUGGAGUUUGUGGGCAGAUUAUUCCAUGGAACUUCCCACUGCUGAUGCAAGCAUGGAAGCUGGGCCCGGCGCUAGCAAUGGGCAACGUUGUGGUGAUGAAGACAGCCGAGCAGACUCCCCUGUCAGCACUAUAUGUGGCUCAACUGGCUAAGGAGGCUGGCUUCCCUCGCGGGGUGAUCAACAUUGUGUCAGGAUUUGGGCCAACAGCUGGCGCAGCCAUUGCAGAGCAUAUGGAUGUGGACAAAGUUGCCUUCACUGGGUCCACAGAGGUCGGGAAACUCAUCCCACAGAUGGCGGGACGCUCGAACCUGAAGAAGGUUACCCUCGAACUUGGUGGCAAGUCUCCAAACAUCAUCCUGGCUGAUGCCAAUAUGGAUGAAGCUGUGGAGCAGGCCCACUUCAGCCUCUUCUUCAAUCAGGGGCAGUGCUGCUGUGCAGGGUCAAGGACAUUUGUGGAGGAGAAAGUGUAUGAUGAGUUUGUUGAACGCAGCCUGGAGCGGGCAAAGAACAGAGUUGUUGGCAACCCUUUCGAUAAUGUUGAACAAGGUCCUCAGGUGGAUGAGGAGCAGAUGGGGAAGAUCCUGAGUCUCAUUGACAGUGGAAGGAAGGAGGGAGCCACACUGUGUGUUGGCGGCAACCGCCGGCGAGUCGGAGAUCGGGGUUACUUCGUGGAGCCAACCGUCUUCAAGGAUGUGAAGGACAACAUGACAAUAGCCAGGGAAGAGAUCUUUGGACCAGUGAUGCAGAUCCUGAAAUUCAAGAACGUGGAUGAGCUGAUCGAGCGUGCCAACGACUCAGAGUAUGGCCUGGCUGCAGGGGUGAUGUCCCAGGACAUCGACAGGGUCAUGUACAUCGCCAACAGUCUGAGAGCAGGAACUGUCUGGGUCAACUGUUUUGAUGUGUUUGAUGCCGGAGCACCAUUCGGUGGCUACAAGAUGUCUGGCAAUGGCCGCGAACUCGGGGAAUACAGCCUUGAACUGUACACAGAAGUGAAAACAGUCACCAUGAAGCUGUUGCAGAAGAACUCCUAAAUGUCACAAGGUACAGAUGGACAUGGCUACUACCAUAUCGCCACUAUCUUGUAGAAUGGACUCUGCCAGGCAUUGUUAUGGGGCAUCCCAUUAAGUACAAUGAGGCUUCAGGAUCAGAUCAUUUCACUAUCAUCAUAACAAUAUAUCUUGUAUUUAACUGAAUGUCAAGAGCAUUUAAUUUGUUUUGUAACAAAUGUAUUUGUGACAGGGUAAUAUUAGUAGAUGUGUGGAAGUCUGGUGAUGCCAUUUCUUAACUGAGAUGUGUAUGUGUAAUUAAAGGAAAACAACUACACAACGUCUCCAGUAAUAAAUAAUGUCUUUGUGUUAAUAUGGCUCCAGGUGGACAAGUGAAUUUUUGAUCAAUUUUGUUUGGAAAGUUUUUGUUGUCUCAUGCCUUAUAUUGCUAAUUGUGUAAUACCUCAGAUUUCAUAUUCACGUGGGUGAGGUUCCCCAGAAAUCCAAGCCUAAAUACAUGUUAUUGUUCUUGUUGUAUGACACAAGGAUUAGACUGUGUCAAGAGAUAUGUCAUGGUUCCCAGAUACGGGAUCUAGUUGUUAGAAGUUAUUGUAACUGAUGUUAUGGAAGGAUGAAGAAUAUCCUGGAUUGGGGAAAUUGUUGGUAUUUCUGCAAAAAUAUAUUUUAUGUACUAAAUCCUCCCACUUUUGUCUGUUUAGUGUAACAGCCUUAGUUAGUGCUACUGUUACUAAGGAUUCUAUAUAUUUUAUACAAUCUUGUUGAUAAAUGAAACAUUGCUGUAAUUUAUGCACACUGUAUUUGUAAUAAAAUCUAAUGCUAAUAUAACAAUCA